AUGGAAGUAAACUGCACGCAGUACCAUCAACUGCAGAUGGUGUAUCGUGUAGCUCAGAGAUUGAUAUGCUUAAAGCAUUCCAACCAAGAUGAGGAUUCAAUCCGGCAAGCAUUACAGAAUCUCAAAGAGCACCUAGUGAUGGACCAAAAAGCAAACAAAAAGCAAGGCCAGCAGGAUGAAUUUUUGAAACAGGGAAGGUUAUCAAACGCUGCCUAA